GUCACCGUACUCCGGGGUACGCACUACCCUCUUAUCCUCUCCAUCGCUGCCGCUCCUUCUUCAGCACCCCUCCCACCUAAGCCUCCUCCAAUGCCUCUCUUCAUCUCUAAAAUGGCCGGGAGCGGUCUGUUCACCGCCCGGCACCAUCACCUUCCCAUCCCCCCGCCCUCCCUCUCUUCCUCCUCCGCCCUUUCGAACCCCCUCUCCUUCCCUUCUCCUCGAAGAAGUAUUCACGUCGCGCGGGCGAGGAAGGGCCUCUCGUCCCGCACCCGCCGGCUCGAGAAUCGACGCAAAAAAGGCGCUGCAACCACCACCACCAUGGAGGAGGAGGCGGCGGCGGAGUUGGAGGGGGUGGCCGCUGGAGAGGGGGCUUCUUCUGCUGCUGCUUUUCUGGAGGUCGGCGGAGGAGGGGCUGAGGGGCUUGCCACGCCGUCGCUGCCCAUGCCGGAGCUGCCGGGGGAGGAGCCGGACUUCUGGGAGGGGCCGCAGUGGAACGCCUUCGGCUUCUUCAUCCAAUACCAGUGGGCCUUUGGCAUCGUUUUUGCGCUGAUUGCUUGCGGGAUUUCUGUUGCUACAUACAAUGAGGGGGCAACAGAUUUCAGGCAAACCCCUGUUUAUAAGGAGUCAAUUCAGUCGCAAGAGCUCUUAGAGGAGCCAGAGGCAUCAAACUCUGAUGUGUUUGAGGGAAAUCCAACUGAGGUGGCCCCAAGUUUGGACUAGCAUUGUCGUAGUGGGUAGGGCUCAUGCCAUCCGAUCAUUUUGUUGGAAACCUAGGAUUAUGCAAUCCAAGACACAGCUGGAAUUCCGUGAAGCAUUUGCCAUCAACAGUAUGCAAUAUCGCUUGUGUACUGUGUGAUACUCAUUUCUUCGAUGAGUUUGUAAAUUAGUGGCUGUGAGCGUAAUAAAGAAUGAGCUCUUAAAAUGCCCUCAAGAUCGAUAUUCUAUAUUUUCUCCAUGGGGCAGAACUAAUCUUAAACAGUAUAAAAUUCUAUUUCCUUGACUUGUUG